GGUACACAACGUUCACAGACCUAGUCACGGACUCACGGGCAACGGGUUUGCUUUUCCUUCGCUCGAUUUCUUCGACGCGGCUCGACUUCGCCUUCUUCACCUGAAGUAGAGUUUUGGACGAAUCGCUAGCUUCCUUUGCCUCCUUCGACGACUUCCCUUCCCCGUCGGAUCGGAAGCCACGACGGUUCGACGAGGUUGGAUCGGAAGUUACGACGGGAGCUCGCUCGCUGCUGCGAAGGAUUUAGCUUCUUUAAUCGGCAAGAAAUCCUGCAUCCAAACGGGCUCUUAGGAGUUCCUCGUGCCAUGGCCGGAGCGUUCGAGCUCUUCAAUGGCGAGAGGGUCGUCGUCUUCCUCUUCGUCUCUCGCAUCCUCUUCACCGUUCCGUUCUCCUUCGCAUACGAGUCGGCGGCACUCGUCCUCCUCGCGAUCGCCGGUGUCCUCGUUGAGAUAUCCAUAGAGAACUCCUCUGCCCUAGAUUGCUAUAAGAAUAGGUCUGGUGCAGCUUCUGGGAUACUUUUAGCUACUGUUACACUACCCUCUCUUAUGCUAUCCAGGAUGAUACAAAUGUCAAGAGCAAUUUCAAACCAUGAGGUUGGACCUGAAUGGCUUUCAUAUUUUAGCCUUCAAUUUUGGGCGGCAUGUUCUUGUUGCUUUGCUGUUGUUAGCUUCCUUUCGUUUAUACUGAAAUAUUCUUGCAGCAGUACCAAUAGUUUGCAUUUGCGAAGAGCUCAAGCUUCGAAAUACAGUUUAUUCUGCAUGGUUGUUUAUGGUCUACUAUGCUAUCAUUCUUUGGACAGAAAAUCGUCUAGCGACUGGUAUGUUGUAAUGAACCUGUUAUGGCUGUUCUGCUAUGGACUGACAACUAUGGUACUUCUGAAGCAUAUUCUUUGCACUUUUCCAUCAAGUGCUUCAAUAGGUGAAGGUCUGCUGGUAUCCAAUGGCAUAGUUCUUUAUUUUGGUGACUUGUUGGCAAAUGUUUUGUCAAAGAUGAAAUUGACAUCUGAAUCAACAAUAUUUGAUUUUCUUGGUCACGAUGGCAGUAGUGAAAUAAGCACAAUUAUUCAGGGAGGGUUGACUGGUCUUCUACUCUUCCCUCUCUUUUACAAGCUUUCUCUUCAAAUGUGGGAAUUGACAAUUUGUAGCUCGGUUAAAGUGCAAGCUGUUGAUAGAUGGAUUCCAAGGGUGAUUGGAAGUUCUGUAUUUUUUUAUGCUUCUUUAUCACUCAUGCUGACCAUAUUGGUUCCUGCUUUGAUCCACUUCACACAGGAUUUUGCGAUGCAUCCUUUGCUAUGGGUACUUAAUUUUUUGUUCACAGAGCCACUCAGGCGGAUUUCUUUAUGUUUCUAUUGGAUCGUUGUUCUCUGUGUGUCUGUUUUCCGGUUCUAUAAUAUUUCAAAAAAUAGCAAAACUGAAAGGAUUCUACUUCGAAAAUAUUAUCAUUUGGUGGCUGUUCUGAUAUUUGUUCCUGGAGUUAUCUUUGAGCCUGCUUUUCUAGACCUAGCAUUUGGUGCAGCCUUGGCAGCUUUCUUGAUUUUAGAAAUGAUGCGAGUUUGGAGUAUUUGGCCCUUUGGACAUAUGGUGCAUCAGUUUAUGAAUGCCUUUACUGAUCAUCGCGAUUCAGAGAUUCUCAUUGUCAGUCAUUUCUCUCUUCUACUGGGUUGUGCUAUUCCUAAAUGGAUGUCCUCUGGUUUUAAUGAUAGACCUCUUUCCCCAUUUGCUGGGAUUUUGAGUUUGGGAAUUGGUGACACUAUGGCUUCAAUGGUCGGUCAUAAGUAUGGUGUUCUGCGGUGGAGCAAAACUGGAAAAAAGACAAUUGAAGGUACCGCAGCAGGCAUAACGUCAGUCCUCGCUUCGUGCUCACUUUUACUACCUCUACUUGCCUCCACCGGUUCUAUACUCUCUCAGCACUGGUUCUCACUGGUCGUUGCAGUUACCCUGACUGGCUUAUUGGAGGCUUACACGACACAGCUUGAUAAUGCUUUUAUCCCUCUUGUAUUCUACAGCCUUCUCUGCUUGUGAGUGUGGAAGAAUUUUUGCAGAGUUAUGUACAGUAAAGCUCCCCACUCUCAUACAUGUAUUUUUUUUUAAGAACAAUUCGGAUAUGUGAGUGUACACAGUGUGUAUCAAAUCAGUAUAUACACUGUGUGCACAAUCAAAGUCCGAACGGUUCUUUCUGUUCGGACUCCGCAUAGAAUAAUUUAUCAUAAAUGGAAGGCAAAGAGUGAGAGCAAUAAUUUAGUGUAGUUCACGUACCACAGCUAUAGUAUUACUUGUAUUUGCAGAGCCUAAUCUUUUGCAGAAGUUAAUCACAUUUAUUGCAGUUAAUUUACUGCAUUUAGAAUCGCC